AUGGAUUUCUUUUUUACAAAAUCAAAUCCUGGAGCCAAUGUGACUGUGACCAAAGAUGAGUUCCUUUUAUUCCAUGACAUCGAUCGCUUGCUCUUCUCACGCCUGGUGGUAGAACUUGAUCGUGAAACUAGCCAAUCCAUGCAUGUUAUGGCCUUCAUCUUGUGGGUUGAAAAGAAGAUCAAAAAUCUCAAAAUUGUGCAAAGCCUGCUCAACUGGCCCCGCACUUCUCUUAGUAACCUCGCAGAUGAGGUCAAUGUGGCGUUGAGUUUCAUUGAGGGUGCUGAUUUUCCUUCUUUUACUAUCCAUGAAAAUCCUUUUCCUCUAAUCCAAAGUAUCAUGGGUAAAGAAAUCACUCUCCAAUACUUCCAUUGUAACCGCAUGGAAAUCAUCAUUGCAGUGACCAAGAUACUGAAUGAUGUCUGUGUAAACGCUUUCGCUGACAUAGUGCAACAAGUUCACAAUGAGAAAGCUUUGAAGCAACAAAUUUAUCCUGCAGCAAAUUAUUAUGGGUACCUACCCUAUAAUUCAUAUCACAUGCAACAGGAUCUAUAUUAUACUCUUGCUCAUGGGGUUGCAUUUGUGCCACAACAAAUUGCAGUAGUUGUGCCUCAUUGGAAUGAAUUAGGACAUUUUGAAUCUCAACAUGAUGAAAGUCAACUUGGAACAUAUGAUGCUUCAAGAAACCUAAAGUUUAAUGAAGACAUCACUCUUGAUUUAGUCAACUUAGACUUUACUGAGGUAUAUGAUGAUGCUACAAAAGUUAAUAUUGCGAGUGACAAGGGUAAGGGAAAAGAGGUGACUAAAGAAGAAAGGACGAUCUUUAUGACAUUCUCCAAAGGAUAUCCUAUUUUUGAGGCUGAUUUGCGACAGUACUUCACAAGCAAAUAUGGAGAAGUGGUAGAGUCAGUUCUUAUGGAAGAUGUGGUGCCACCCGCACAACCAUCAUUUGCUCGCCUGGUGAUUCUCCCUGAGGCCAAGGAAGUAAUUGACAACUUCCUUACUCCUGCAGGUAGACUUGGAUUCACCAUAAAUGGGAAACAUGUGUGGGCACGGAAAUAUGUGCGCUGGUCAAAUGUAGAAGCAGUGGCAUCUUCUUCUUCAUAA